AUGACUGCAGGUGGAACAGAAGUAGUAGUUGGUGGGAUGGCUGGCGGUAUAGAUGUCGUUGUUGGUUUGAUAGAGGUAGCUAUGGGCUUGGUGGGUGUAGUUGUGGUAUGUGAAGAUGUAGUCGUGUGUUUGAAAGACGUAGUUUUCGAACCAACAGGAGCCAUAGUGACAGUCGAGGAAGGCCCUAAACCUGUUCCACUAAGCCAGACAAUAACAUGGCCUGUUUGCGUUACCAUCGGUACUUUUGAAGUGGAAGACUUUGACGUUGACAAGCUUGUGGUAGUGGAAGACCUGGGUGUGGAAGUCCUGGGCGGCGCAGAGGUCGUCGUAGUUGAAGGAGAUGUAGUCAUAUGUACAUAUGUUAUCACAUCAACUCCAUCUGGAUCAACACUGCUAAUGCUAGUCCUAGCCAAGGAUGAAGUUGAUGGAGUUGAGGGGUGA